AUGCGUGAAUUGCGUGAGCUUUCGCCGGUCGAGAGGGACCGACAGGCCCUUGUUCAAGAAAUCCGGGCCCGGUCACUCUCUCCCCUCUACUGUAUUGAUUACAGGCUUAAUCUGUGUUCCCGUUCAUGCUCGGCCUCAUGUUCCACGGUGCCCAUGAAUGAAGACCAGUUUUGGUGCAGCGCUUUGGGUCGAUGGAUCCGGUAAGUGCUCUUCUAAGUGCAACAGGUCAUUUUGUUUGUAUUUGGAGCUCUUUUGUUUGGAAUUCUUAAACCUCUUACUAAACUUACGCAAUGUUUUGUUGCAAAUGAUGACUUCAAAUGUUUACUUUUUGCAUUGCUUUUAGCGUUCAGAAAACAAUUAGAUUUUUACUAUAAUCCGGCUUAAGCCGUUAAUUUCACCGCUGGGUUAACAUUACUUACCGUAUUUAUUCAGUUUAUGUAUAUCUUCUCCGAAUCCGGUGAUCUUAGAGCCGAAAUGGCGAUGCCCUCAGGAUAUUGGGCGCCCUCUGCGAUACGAUGAGAUCUGCGAUGGAUACCUGUUGAACGCCUUGCUCGAGUUAAUGUAAGGUUUUUUCUUUGAACAUUUAUUUACAAUUUGAUAUUCAUCAUUUUCAGUUACCCCGAAUGUACAUUCUACGAAUUUAUCAAAUAUAAAGAUCGUUCCCACAGCAAAUCAUAUCGGUUAUCCCUUCUCCAGUCCUUUCUCUUUAACCUGGUCCAAUUCUUCAAAGUAAGGGAUAUGACCUUUAAUAUAAUGGAAUUUUUAUUUUGUAAAGAAGAGGAUAAAAUGUAGGCUUCUGACUAAUGUAGUAUUCCUUUCAGCGCCACGAGAAGAUUCCCUUGACCCUGCCGGAUAUCAUAAACGUAUCUCAGAAUUCUAGUCCAGGUCAGUUAAAUUCCCGAUUUUGAAUGCUGCAGGGGUUGUAAAGUCAACUCGGGAAGCAUUUAUUACUCUGUUACGAGGCGAUCUGCAGUCUGCCGGGUAGGAUAUUCGAGGAUUAAGUUUAUUUACCUGGAUCAGUAUAGUCCUUCUCAUCCUCAACGUUAAUAUCUUGUUUGGUAUAACCUCGUUUCUUCUUGCCCUAGGGGGAUAAAACGAGCAUUAAUCCAAAUCCAAUUAUUCCGUAACAUUACCCAUCAUUCAGCCAAAGGUCGACACUUAGUUUCAUAAUUUCAGCGAAAUAUUUACGACCCGUAAGCGUCGUAUGUUAAUUCGUUUAAAGAAAAUUCUUUCGGGAUCUCCUGCGUGCCAAUUUGCUGGAAGGGCACAAAAUCUGUUAUUAUGGCGGAGAGGGGAAAGGGAGGGGGCAAGGUCAGAUUGCGGGAUUUGAAAGAGCGGAGAGGUCAGCUGCGACUCUGAUUUGAAUAAAAUACCGGUGCAUUAGACAAGACAUCCCGUUUGUUCGGAAGUAUUCGAAAAGUGGACGUCUGAAUUGAAAAGUGGACCCAGGUGGGGUGAAAGGGAGGGGAGGGAGGCUGAACCCGUCAGAUCCGGCCUCUUGUCAGCACUUGAUUCGGCUCUCAGCGCGGAUGGAUUUGAUAUUGAUACGAGGAUUAAAGAGCUCUCAAAUUAUGUUUUUACGAAAUGGGAGAUCAGUUUACAGGAAGUGCUCGGCAAGGAGCUGAUCUCUGUUUGUCUACUCCUUAUGUUGAUUGGUUGUUUCACACAAAUGUCAUCAUUUUCUCCAGGUUUCCUUUUUUGGCGGCAUAUUGUGUUUGCAGAUUCCUCAUGCAUGUCUAUGAAUCAGAAUCCAAUAGAAGAGAUGGAUAUGCUCAUUUCUGAUACAUUCUGGCGCGCAAUCUCCUUAGGCCAGUUUAUGAGUGCGAUGCCAUGCCUUUUAAUGCCCGCCCAUUAAGAAUACUCAGCUUAUCGGAGGCCAUUUACUCUUUACAGGGCCCAAGAAUCUCUGUUUUGCUUCCAGCCGGCUUUUAACGGGAUUGCAUCAGCGGAUCUUCCCCCUCUCCCGCUGCUUUCUUACAAUUACUUUGGAGGUAUUACGGCGGCUUUUCCUUAUUUGUAAUUCUUUUGGCGUCACGAGCGUCUGAUUGCGUGUUGCGUUUACGAGUCCAUCCGAUCCGGGAGCGGUCCCUUUCGCUAGCCGAGCGAAUCCAUAAAACUUUCUCGUCGGACGGGAUUAUUGUGAGUUUCGUAAGAAGGUUCGGGGCGGAAUCAGAACGAAUUGCAUCUUCCGGAGACCGGUUCGGCUUCGAACACGUCCAAAUUUUAUGAGUUUCUCCGAUGAAAGGGAACAUCCAUCCAUCCCGGGUGAUCGCUCCAUUGCUCUCCUUAUGCUCACAAUGGGCUUUUCCUGGGGAACCGUUUGAUCGAAAUUUACAAUUACAGGAUUGGUUGCGUUUUAUGGGCCUUUCUUUGGCGUGAGCAAACAUCCGGUCGACGUGAGAAUCCUUUCCUGAUCUUGGGAUACCGUAGUUUUUGAUGGAUUGUUUUUUUGAAUCACCUUUUUUGUAAUUAGCAAUUGACAAUUGUAUUUUCAUUCGAACUGUUGAAUGGGAAGCUGAUUUAAACUGUUUUCAGAACGUAGUGGCCAUGAUCUGCAACAACUUAUAGCUCUACUGAUCGGUGCUGUUGUCCACACAACCCACAAAUCGUCGGCUGUUGAUCAGUUAAGACGGUUGGUUAAUCAGGAAGAAACAAGUCUAGGUCUUCAUCUGCAGAAGGUAUUUGACGGCCGUGAUCCCAUAAUCGACCUCAGUUUACAUCCUGAAGUUUUUGGAACAAUUGCAGAAGAACGGCACAUUAAUACGUUCAAAUUGCUGACAAGAAUGUUGGAAGAUACGGUAGUACAGACAAGAUUUAUAAGGGAAUAUUUUAGGAGUCGGAUGAGACCAGCUCUAAUUCUGGUGAGAUUCUAAAGUUAAAUGACCGCAUUCCCUCACCCGAUGAACAGAAAUAUCAUGAGGUCAUAGAAGAUCUCAGACUCAAAAACAAACAUCUAACUGAAAAAUCGUAAGAUUUUUUAAAUUUUUUGUUGAUCCAUUUGUGACGCUUUUAUUUUUAGGAGUUUUCUUGAGAAUCAAUGCCAUGAACAAGAAGAUGAGAUAAUGAGAUACAAAAAAGACUUGGAUCACCUCAAAAAAGAAAAGGAAAAGAUUCAGAAGGAUCAUGACAAACUCAAAGAGACCUGCAGAUUUGUGCCGGCUCUAGAAAAUAAGGUCCAAAAGUUAGAGAUCAUGGAGCGGGACCAUGAGAAGUUAAAGGCCGAGAUCCUUAAACUAAAACAAAACAAGAACCUUUGUAAUGUAAGUAAAAACCCGACUGGUAAGAAGAUAUUCCUUUCAGGAACAGGCACAAGAAAUAAUCGGUCUCCGGAAGGAAGUCCGUGAACUUCGUGGCCGAAAUACUGCCCUCUUAAAUCAGAAAUACGAUUUCACCGAAAAGGCCAGCAUCGCAAAAGAAAAAGGGAAACUGGCCGAAGAUCUGCAAAGAACCAAGGAGCAGAAAGAUGAGGUGAGGAUAAGACUCGUAACACAUUUCGAUAAUUAUUGCAGAUGGAGAAAGAGAAUGAAGACCUCAGACUCCAGAUCGAGGGACUUGAGAACAAAAUUGAGCAGAUGAAAUGCAGAAUGGACGACACUUUCGUCAGUGCUCCUAAUAUCUCGCUUUGUGAUGAACUUAAUGAAAGUCAGCGCGAAGAUCAAUUCAAAGAAUUGCAGAUGGAGAACAAUAGUUUGGUCGAGAUCAUCAAGAAAAAGUAAGCACAGGCUUGGCUAGCCUUCGGGGCAGGUUUCGUUUGGGGCCGACAGAAUUUUAGUGGUCGAUAUGAGUAGCAUUUAAAUUUUUAAUAGCUAGACAAUGCUUAGGAUUGUAGAAAAGGGGCUUACGUCGUGAUCCAAAAGGUUGAAGUUGGUUCAGGGCGCCCUAAAUCGCUAGCAAAGUCGUUGCAAGUAAUCGCUACCAGACGGCUUAAAGUUCAUCUUGAGUGUUGGAACGGUCGCCAAACUUCGUUAUAUGCCGAAUGAGUGGAAAUCACUGACAAUCGGCCUAUGACGCUAUCUGAGAGGUUAGAAUGGCAGCCAAAAAAAGCAACAGGCACUGUAUUUUUUGGAUACUAUUCCAAUUCUUUUGUUAGCGAUUGAGGACACUUGACUACUGUCAUUACCGUUUGUCAUGCGGACUGAGAUAGUUUAGAGACAAACCGUUUCCUAGAGACUGUUUCACACUAGUUACAGAAAUUGGAUUUAACCCAAAUAAAGGUUACGUUUCGAUUGUUAAGUUGUGACUUCUAUGCUCACUUCCGUUCUUUUUCAGCUCCGAGGAAAUCAGUCGAUAUGAAACCGUGAGCAAGGAACUGCGGGAGAAAAUCCAGGAGAUGGAAAAGCAAUUAAACGAGAAGGCUAAUGACAUGCACGUCAAAGAAAAGACCGUCCUUGUGGAGCUCAACAACUACAAGAAUAACAUCAAAUCCCUCGAUCAAAAGAUUUGCGACCAGUUAAAGGUGAUCCAAGAAAAGGAUUCGCUAAUUAAUCGGGUAAGACCAAAGGAGAUUACGAGCAUAAUCAUAUAUCUCUUGAUUUAUAUUAAUUUUACAGCUGAAACAGACGGAAGUACGGCUCCAAUCGGAAUUAAAACUGGUUGAGGAAAUUCAGAAGGAGAAAAUGCAGUUGGAGAUUGUUAUUCAAAACAAAUGCAAUGAGAUUGACCAUACAAGAGCCGAGACAGAAGAUCUAAGAGAUGAAUUGGAACGGCUGAAAAAACUUCAUUCUCAAUGUGAUCGAAGCAAAAAAGCGUUGCAAGAAGAACUCAACUUGGUCAGAAGUCAAUUAGAGACGACGGAUGAAGAUAACAGGAACCUUCGGUUAUCUGUAGCCAAUACAAAAAUCAUCCAAAAUCGUCUUCAAAAAGUCGAAAAUGAAUUGGUGAAGAGAGACACAGAAAAUGAUGAGUUGAAAGCCAAUUUGAGAACAUUAACAGAGAAGUAUCAAUUAGAAAACAAGAAGCUUCAACAACUGAGAGCAGAUCUGACGAAAGAGAACGGUCGACUAUCAAGUCUGGUUAGCAAACUCCGAGCAGUUUGCAUGAAUUGUUCCAUCAAAGAAGACAAUAUUAAUGAUGACGAGUUGAUAGAACGGAUAGAUAACGUCCUGAUCAAAGCUUAUACUAAUGCUUGGAAGGAAGCUGAAGCUCUGAGUCAGCAAAGAAGAGUUCAGUUGGAGGAGAUUAAGGUGUUCAGCAAGGACAUUGAGAACCUCAAAAAGAAAGGAGCCGAUCUGGAGAAUUCCGAGAAAGAAAGAGACUUUGUUACAGUAACCAAAGAACUAAACAGUAUGACCGAACGUUGGAGGAUGGCCCAAUCAAGGGAGACCGACCUCAUCGAGCAGAUCAAAUCUGUCAAAAGUGAUAAAGAAGAUCUCUUGAGGAAGAACAUCGACCUUAAGAAAGACCUUUCUGCUGCCACUAAUAAGUUUAAUGCUGCUGAUGAGGAGAACAGAAGAUUGACAGAUCAACUUAAAGCAGCAGAGAAUCAGUUGAGUAAAUUACAUCUGGAUUUGAAGGAAGUGAAGAGUAAUCGAGAAGCUCUUCAAACAGAAUUUGACCGACUGAACGAACUAUACAAUAGUGUAGCGGCAGACUUUGAAAGAUCUAAUUAUGAGAAAAAUGAUUUGAAGAGACGAUUGGGCAAGAAAGAUGUAAGUCAUCGCUUUCAUUCUUUAAUCGUAUUUUAGCAAUUAUUGGAGGAUAAAAUGAAAACCGAAUUCUUUAAUGAGCGAUGUUUGUUGGAAGACCGUCUAAAACAAACAAACAGAGAACUGAAUCUCGGGAAGGAACAAUUAAAAUUGUGUGAGGAAGAUCUGAAGAAAUUAACAGAAGAAUUAACCGAAAACAAGAAAGAUUACGCAACAUUGGUUAGACAAAAGAACAAGAGCGAUGAGAUGCUGAACGGUCUGAGGAUAGCAGAUGUGGAUCAGAAGAACAAGAUCGCCAGUUUGAAUGAAUCUGUAAAUCAAUUGAAUGAAGUCAUAAAUGACAAGAAUACUGAAAUCUCAGCAAUGAAGAAACAGUUGGAAGUAAGUCAAGCCCUGAGGAUACAUUAUGUUAUAUUUUUUAGUAUCUGAAAAAUUUGCGUCAAUGGAACAGUGAGGAGAACGACCUGUUGAUGAAGAAAAUAAAAUCAUUAAUGGAACAGAAUCAAGAAAUGCAUUACCAUUCAGAAGUCUACGUGUUAUCUCAGCAAUCGUUGGACGAGAGAUUAAAUGCCGUUGCGAGAUAUAAAAGAGCAGCAGAAGACAAGAUGAAGGAGUGCAACAACAACAGCGAGUUCAACAAGGACAAGAAGACUUUUAUGAAUAAGGCUGCAAAGGCUUUACGACUGAAAGUGAGUUACAAAAAUGUUGAAGUUAAAGCCAACAUUUAACGAAUUCAUAAUUACAGAGCUCCCGACGUUCAACAAAACCCAUCGACAAGAACUCAGGGUCCAAUACCGAGGACUCUAGUAUCUAUUCAGCAGAUGAAUCGUGUCUCCCACCUCUUCCAGAACCACGUUUAGAGAGUCAGUCCUUUUCAAGUGAGAGCACUGGCACUCCCUCCGAUCUGCUGUGCACCUCGAGUGACUCGGGAUGUGAAUCGCCAUCUUCUGGAUCCAACUCCUUGAACCGGUUCUUGAGGCUUUCGUUGAGACGACCGGAGGAUAAGGAGAUGGAGAAGAGAGCGUGUUCAUGUCAUCAGAAGAGCUCGUUGUCACCUUUUUGUUGCAUCAGAGUGCCAUAUAAACUGUCCGCUUACGAGAGUUAUUAGAAGCCGACUGUCCACGUGUUCUUGCCUGUGUUGGGUGCACGCUUUCUUUGUAUUUAUUUGUCCCUGGGAUUGCACAACACGUAAUAAACUGUGAUCGUAUGCUUGCACAUUCUGUAUCCGUUGUUUCCAUACCUUUGCACUGAAACUUUGGGCUACCAUGACUGAUCUGUUUUUAGAAUCCUAUCGAGAAUCUGUCCAGGUAACUCCAACAUGUUCAUCUUCGGAACGGGCCUCCGGAUCUUCCCCGGAUUACGAUCAAGUGCAAUAUUUUAGCGUACCAAGCAAAAGUAAGACCGAAUGCAAUAAAAAAAGCUGUUUAGAAACAGAGACGAGCUACCAUCAGAUGCGAUCCCCACCUCCCUUGCCACCGUCCUCCUUCUCGAGGCUCAGAAAUUCGAGAAUUAGCAGUUCCGUCAGAUAUCCCCCGGCACAUAAAAUACAGUCGCCGUUAGGAAGUAUCCCUGUUACAAAGGACGACGAGAGUCUCAGCUUGUCCACAAUCAAUGGAUAUUCAACCCAAAUUAAUGGAAGUCCCAUUAAAUCCAAUGGGAGACCACCUCCACCAUAUCGAGGAAGACCCGUCGGGGUAAGUUCAUAUUACAAGUACAAAAAGAUGAAAUAGUCUAUUAUUAGCUAGAAACAUAAAGCUACCGUAAAGCCUUUUAUUCAUUUUUUGUUACAAACAACAAUAUAAUAUUUAUUCGUCGUUACUAAAUGUCAAAAGCCAGUUUAUGGAUUAUUGAUAAAUAUUUUGUUCUUUUUCAGACACCCCCUGUAAACAGAAGUUAUUUCAACCCCUUGGACACCUCAACUCCCAAAUCUGCCGAACGAUCCUUCUCCAGAGUUGUAGGAGAAGGAGAGAAUCGUCUUACCGUCCGAUCUCCAGAAGAGAGGGAGUCCAAGGCCCAGAGUUUUUAUGAUAAUCAUGAUGUCAGCCAAGAUGUCAACAAGAAAACAAAUGAUCUAUGGGUAGGAUACGGAUGUGUUUAA